CACAGCUCUCUGCGAACAGUUGAAUUCUCUCGGAUCCUACAACGAACCAAGCGGAACCGCGAGAACCGACGCUGGAUCAACUCGGUUCGUAGCCGGAGUCUACCAGAAAACAGGGACCGGUCCGGUACAGACACCGGUUCGGUUCGGCCGCCUUUACACGCUCAUGGCGGCCCCGCUCCCGCCGCAGCAGCAGCAGCCGCCCCUCCGGGAGAUCCCGCCGGUUUUCCUGUGUCGGAUCGGACAGGAGACCGUACAGGACAUCGUCACGCGCACCAUGGAGAUCUUCCAGAUCACGCGAGCCACGCAGCUUCCUAACGGAGUGACCCAGAGCCACGCCAUGUACCAGGACCGGUUCGGGAGGCUCCAGGAACACCUUCGACAGCUCCCUCUGCUCUUCAGGAAGCUGCGGCUGCUGUACGAGCGCUGUCUGGAGAUGACCUCCGAGCUGCAGGAGGUGCCAGCGGAGCUCGUUCCGUAUGUUGGAGAGGAGCUGGUGUCGGUCCAGGUGGAGCCCUGCAGCCCGGCGGUCCUCCAGGAGAGACGAGAGGUUCUGGAGAAGGUCCGCCAGAAGAACCAGGAGAUGAAGGUUCUGAUGGACCAGAUGAGGAACCUGCUGUGGGAUGUUAAUGCCAUGCUGACGCUCAGAAAGUGACGGCUCGUUGGAACAGAGGUGUUCGAACCGACAACCCACCCUAUCACUGAAGUGGCUCUGCUGCACCGCCUCACCUCAGACAUGUUUGGACUCGAAGCGCCUGACACGCCUGGUUUAGUUUUUACAUCCUGUUUGGUGACAGGUGGGCGUUCAGUCAGCUGAUACCUGCCGCCUCAGGUGUUCCGGCUCCCAGGUGAGUCGGUGCUGAAGCUGGUUCUGUUUACAACCGGUUCCUGCUCUGAAACGGACCUGUGGGUAAAUCCUUCGGCAGCUAGUGUGUGUGUGUGUGUGUGUGUGUGUGUGUGAAACUGAACAUCUGUUGACUUUUGUAAACAUAUUUUUUGUGUUCUGUAUGAAAUAAAGUCUUUUUUUAACAUG